AUGCACCAGGUUCGUGGGCUUGUGCAGCAAGCAUCCGCUGCAACGCUCCGUUUGUUGGAGAAACGUGUGGCCCCACACGACGUGGGGGCGUGCUUCAUAGGUGCUGUGUUUGUGGACGCUAGCGGGGCGGCUUCGCCUGUUCAGCUGCUGCACCCUGUCGCACUGCAACAACUGCUGGCGGAGCUGCCCAAACCUGAGGCCUUGAAUUGCAUGCAGGAGGCAAAGAAGGUUGUGUUGGCGUCCGGGCACAAUACCGCGCCACUGGCCACACCGCCCGGCAGCUCCAGCAACGUGCUCUGCGUCAAGGACACCACGCAGCGCACAGUUGCAGAGCUGCGCUCUCGACAGUCCCGUCUAUUGGCGAAAGCGGAAGGGAGGUUGAUGGCGCACGACCUCCGCCUAGUGGAGGCGUUUACACACCGGCUGUUGAGCGGCGAGGAGACACAACGGCAAGGCGAAAAGGGCGUGUUUUUACCCGAUGAAGUGGCGAUGUACCGCAGCAUCGUGGAGGAGUUAGUGCGACUGAAUCCACAAGCUGCAGUCGCGUUGGCGAUGAACACCAAACUGCCCUCGCUUGGCAGUGGUGCGAGUGCGGCGCUGGCGGCAUUGGUGAACCUCGAUGUCCCGGCGGCGACGCUGUCCUUCUUGGAAAACUUUGCUGGCAAGGACGAGGCGUCUGCCGCGUCGGAAACUUCCGCCACUCAAAUCGCAGUUCGUCUACGCAACAAGCUGUGGCAGCUGCGGGAGGUGAGUGCAGACAAUCCAGCACGGGUGGCACUGCGCGAUGCGCUUGCAACGGCGUGCCGCUUCAACGUUGAUCCUGGUGUGGUGUUUCCCACAGAUGCAGCGGCAAUUCAGCGCUGGAGUUCGCAGUUUCUUCGGGAGGAGAUGUGGCCGGUAGAGCGCGGUCGUGUCCUCGCUGACAUUGUGCGGGGUAAACGAUUGAUGCCACGCCGCGUCUCUCUAGACUGUCUCAGUAAUUGGUGCCUGACAGACUUGGAGCGGACGUGGGUGUCAGCACUCCUGCAGGAAGGCGAUGAAACGGAUGGAACGCGUUGCUCCGACACGGCCGUGUACCGCUCCGCCCUUGCGUGCGUUCUAAAGGACCCAAAGCGCUGUCUAGUGGAUAGCCGGCUGCUGCGGCAGUACGCGUUGCUGCUAAAACGCGGCGAGGUGGAGCCUGCGCAUUCGAGUUUCCCGCACUUCCUCGAGGAGUGCGGGGAGUGCCACGGGGAUGGGGAGCGCCCGGAGGAACUGAUAUUUCUAAUGCCGCUUCCGUCAUCGUCUACUUCCUCCGUAACGUCACCGGGGCCACAGACGCUCAUGGAUGCGUUGUUGGCGCUCGCCCCACACUGUGGUUAUUGGCGCACCCUACUGAGUGCCGAGGAGGCUGUUGUUGAGGCAGUUCUUGCACCGCAAGGAAAUGUGCAAGUGAAGGUGAAACUUCCUCGUGUGCACGAGUGUGUGGAGGCGGCUAUGCAUGCCGCACGGAUUUCUGAGUCUCCGUCUACUCUCACCCAAUCGUGCCUGCCUGUUAUUUUUGAGGACGAAGACAUUGUGGUGCUCAACAAGCCCCCGCACUUGGCGACCUCUCGCCACGCACUCAGUUGCACUCAAUUGGGUGACGCGACUGCCACCGAUGUGGUGUCGCUGAUGCUCGCCUCCACGAGGCAUGGGGAUACGGUGCGUGGGGUGUUUCGUCAGGGCCAAGUUCACCGGCUUGACACGGAAACGAGCGGGUGCCUCGUGAUGGCGAAGAACGACUGCGCGGCAGCAUCACUGCGCCACCAGAUGGGCACAAGCGCCGCGUAUUCCCAGAGCAGCAAGGUGUACCUUGCACUGUGUGCCGUGAUAGAGCCUGACCUCCGCCGCAUCCCGUUACGCGGGGUGCUGCGCGAUCCACUAGACGCCAAAAUAUGCACCAAGUACCGCGUUGUGCGAUUCUUCCGGAGGUCUCGGGUCGCCCUGCUGGAGUGCCGAAUUCAGCAAGGCAAGAAGCAUCAAAUCCGACGCCACCUGGCGGCUGCGGGGCUGCCAAUACUGCAGGACGUCGAGCACGGAGGAGCCGCAUGCACCACGCCACUUAUUGACCGCGUCGCCCUCCACGCCUCCGCGCUCACGCUCGUCCACCCGCGAACCGCCGAGGUUGUUACAUUUGUUGCACCCAUGGCGAGGGAUUUCACAGAGACCGUUCGUCAGCUCGAGUGA